AUGAGACUAAGACAAGGCACUUUACUUAAUAUAUUGCUACUAUGGAUCUUGGGAUAUUGGGGCAAAUCCUUGUUUGUUGAUUCUUACAGCAUCAUGAAAAAGCUUGAAAAAAAUCAGAAGCGUGAGCCAGAAGCCCUUGGCGUCGGAACAGAACUAGUAGACUCUGAGAAGGGAUUGCUCUCCAAAAUCGAUAAGCCAAAAGUAACCACUCCUAAAGUUACUGAAAGUGAUACCGCAGCGAAAUCACCUACCGAACAAACAGAAGUUGAAUCACUGGGACAGAAAGAUGGCUCUUCCCAAGAAUCCAAUUCAUCUAAAGAUACGGACUCCAAAGAUGGUGAAGCGAACUCAGCUGCUAAGGAGAAUACACCGGCAACAAGCUCAAAGAAAGGAUUCUUCGGCAAAGCCAUGGGGUUAUUUGACAUUGUGAUGAUUGUACCAAUGGCAGAACAAGUAGUAGAAAUGUUAUCGAGCGAUAAAAAGACCACCAUUCAAAGAACGCGUAUGGUGCAGACCACAAUCACUGAUGCUUGUCAAGUUGGAGGCAUGGUUUCUGGGGCAAAUACUGCCGUGAUCGCUAGUGCUAGCAGUGCCUGCGUAGCAGGGGGAGGAACAAUCAUUCAUCAACCAGUGGUUUAUGUCACCGAAACCCCUAGUGUAAAAGCAUAUGCCGUUGUGACGAGGACGAUAGUACCACAAGCUGUCACCACUACUGCUAGUGUGGCAAUGUAUCAAACACUACAGCCAGUUGUGAUGCGCACCGCAUAA